CCCAGAAAUCUGCAGCUCGGGGCGGUGGCCCUUCUCUGCAAGAACCUCUCGGAAGCAGCACCGCGUUGUGAGAAAAUUGAUUUUCUGCUAUGAAAAAAGAAAAGGAGAACCUGAGGGCAUAGGCCUGAGGGAGGUCUUCAAGUCCACCGGCAUUGUUCUGGAACUCCCGGGGGUUUUACCCACCUUGUCCCAAGACCAGAAGUGGGUUCCCCAGGCCCAGGCCCGAGGUCUCCUUUCGGGGGCCAGUGGAGGGAAAAUCUGGGGAACUGAAGCUGUAGGAUGUACCCGAAGAUAGAAGGGCCAGGGUCUGUCGUUUCCAUUUAGGACACAAAUAUUGAGCACCUACUACGGCCAUUUGUUCCAGACUCAAACAGUACAGCAGUGAAUGAGCCAAAGUUCCUGCCCCCUGGAGUUUGCAGUCUAGGAUAGAAAACCGGCAAUAAACAAACACCCAUGUUUCCUGAGAGACUGGGAGUUGCAGGUGCACUUCAAAAUCCACGGACAAGGGAAGAAGAACCUGCACGGGGACGGCUUGGCGAUCUGGUACACGAAGGAUCGGAUGCAGCCAGGGCCUGUGUUUGGAAACAUGGACAAAUUUGUGGGGCUGGGAGUAUUUGUAGACACGUAUCCCAAUGAGGAGAAGCAGCAAGAGGCCCAGAAGAGACGAUAUUCUCCCGGAGUCCAGCGGGUUUUCCCCUACAUCUCAGCCAUGGUGAACAAUGGCUCCCUCAGCUAUGAUCACGAGCGGGACGGGCGGCCUACAGAGCUGGGGGGCUGUACGGCCAUUGUCCGCAAUCUCCAUUAUGACACCUUCCUUGUGAUUCGCUAUGUCAAGAGGCAUUUGACGAUAAUGAUGGACAUCGAUGGCAAGCAUGAGUGGAGGGACUGCAUAGAGGUGCCCGGUGUCCGUCUGCCCCGGGGCUACUACUUCGGCACCUCCUCCAUCACUGGGGAUCUCUCAGACAACCAUGAUGUCAUUUCCCUGAAGUUGUUUGAGCUGACGGUGGAGAGAACCCCAGAAGAGGAGAAGCUGCAUCGAGAUGUGUUCCUGCCCUCGGUGGACAACAUGAAACUGCCCGAGAUGACAGCCCCGCUGCCGCCCCUGAGUGGCCUGGCCCUCUUUCUCAUCGUCUUUUUCUCUUUGGUGUUUUCCGUAUUUGCCAUUGUCAUUGGGCUCAUACUCUACAACAAAUGGCAGGACCAGAGCCGAAAGCGCUUCUACUGAGCCCUCCUGCGAUCACGACCUCUGUGACUGUCACCCAGGAGUAUGGGAGGAGCAGGCACUGGCCUGAGCACAUAGCCAGGCGGGUCUUCUCUCGUCUCCAGCAGCUGGUCAAGGACUCGGUUCUGUCACUGGAGCUUUGAGUGCAGGGACGCUGCGUUCCCAUGGUCACCCAUGAGGACGUCUAACUCUGGAUCAGGAAGCCCACCCCCCUGGGCAAUGCUGCUGUGAUGUGCCUUUCCCCGCAGUCCUGCCACUUGGGAGCGAAGAGGGAUGGAGAGAACAUAGGCUGUCAUGAUGCCAAAACCACCGGAAAGAGUGUCAUAGCCCAGGCUGCCUUGUUGUUGGGCUCAGAGGACCCUCGUACUUCAUUCUUAAAUCUGCAAAGACUAGAAAACUGAUAACUCCUCAUACCUUCCAGCCAUCUGUCCACUGGUUUUUGCUUUUUGUCUAAGCCUCUCUCCACCUGAGGAGCUUUCCUUGGAAAUCUGGAUGGAAACUUCUUCCCUGCCUUGCCUUCCUCCCCUCCAUUCAUUGUCCUCUGCAGAUGCAACCUGAGCUGGAAAAGACAUCUGGCUGCCUCUCUCUGCCUGGGGCUACACAGCAAACUUGAGUUUCACUGACCCUCAUUAGGUGGCCGUAGGGAGGGGGCAUUCUGCUGGGGCUCACGGCUCUAGCCUUUGUUCUUGCGGGUGAUCUUGGUUCUGUUGGUGUGGUCAUGACCCUCCCAAUUAGGUCCCUUUAGGCCCUCAGCCAGGUUUGGCUGAAAGCUGGUGUGCAGGUCAAGAGAAGCUUGGGAGACGUCACGGAUGCAGUGGGACUAACUGUGAAACUGACUGCUCCACUUUUUGACACCGAAAGCAACACCUGUCACAUGAUCUGACCACGUGGAGAUGUUUCUGGACUCUCUGGAGCCUGCUUAGCUGCAUGUCUUGUGUUCAUCAUAAUUUUUGGAAGCCUACUUAGAGUGUUCAAAAUGUAAGGAAACUUUGUUCUUAUAGCCUGAGCUUGGAUACUCCCCAAAGAGGAAACCUGGCUUCUCUUUCUUAAUGGAUAAGGAAUGGUUGUUGUAAAUCUGGAAGCAGUAGACCCCCGGCAUCUGUGCCUGGAAGAGUUCAUUGUCAUUUGAGCAGCCGAGCCUGAGUGUCCUCUGUGGGUCAGCCCUGAUUCCACUGCCUUACCUGAUGAGGGGUCACGUGCUGCUCACCUGUCUGCCCUGUGAUUCCAUUGCUAACAGGCCGGAGGCUCCCUGGAGGGCUUGGACUCUGAGCUCUCCUAGCUCUGUGCUUCUGUAGCCUGAGGGAAAGUCUUAACAUGGCUGAUGGAAACCAAA